AUGCAACUUCUGAAAUCGAUACUCCUUGUUGGAUUGAUAAUUGGAAUUGCGAAAGCAAUUCUCUUUGACGAUAGUGAUAGUAGCGAUGAAAGUCAUGAAUCUUAUUCCGGUGGAGGAAGAAGUCAUCAUCACAAUCAUCGUCCUCCAAGUUUGAGACCGCCGAGACCACCACGUCCACCUUCACCUUCACGCCCACAACGUCCACCUCCAUCCCGCCCGCAACGCCCACCUCCACCACGACAGCCAAGAUGUGAAGCUGGGUGGACACUUGUACAGAGGCAGAAUGGUGGAUGGUGUAUAAGAAUAUUCCAGGGAAUUACGAAUCAACCACAAUCAGAAGCAAUCUGCAAUCAAAAUGGAGCUCGUCUAUCAGCUGUGGAGAGUCAAAGAGAGCGGGAAAUAGUUCGAGACUUGGGUACCAAGUAUAUGACAACUACGUCUAACUGGAAACAAGGAUCAUUGAGACUCGGAAUGCAAAGAGCCAAUGUACAAAGUGCAUUUCUCCCUACUGAUCAGAAUGCAAGAGGAGUUGAUGGUAUUCGCUGGACCCCGAAUGAACCGAGACCAGGAGAAAGCAGAUGGGGUUACUAUAACUGUGUUCUGAUGUGGAUGAAGUUGCCGGGAGCUGGCGCAGUUGAGCAACGUCAGCAUGGAGAAAUGUUUGCAAAAGUAUGCCAUCAGACAUGGACUGGAGCAUUCAGGGCUUCGUUUGUGGUAAACGUUCUAUAUAACUUGCAAAAACUAUACAAAAAUAAAUAUUUUUUUAAUAUUUGCAAAUAA